CAAUAUUUACCAGAAAAGAAAGCAAUCUGAACAGGGGUUGGCUGAGAGCAAAGGUCCUGGUGGGAGGGGAGGGCUCAGCUGGGCUGGCUGGAGCCUGAGCAAAGUGUGGGGAGUACCCAAGUGGGGCCAGAGGGACACUGUGUACUGCAGCGAGGAUCCUGCAGAGUCUGGCUUCCCGGAGCCGACCUGGACAGAGUGGGGGGCAAGGCCUGUGUUUCCCGUAAGUCCAAAGGUGGCUCCGUCCAGAGCCAUUCACUGGGCUCUGUGGCUGGGUCAACAACGCGGCUCUCCAGCCCACCCCACCAAUCCUGCUGAGACUUCAGGAACUCACAGGCCUGUCCACCCUUGUGGUCAAGACCAGACCAGCCAGAAAAGGAACAUGGUGCUGCUCCGGGGGCUCCUGGUGCUCAGCUUGUCCUGCCUGCAGGGGCCUGGCUUGGUGUUCUCUCCUGCCAGCGCCAUGGAGCCCUUGGACCAGCAGCUAAUGGGCGGGCAGACCCAGGAGAAGCUGCACCCGCUUAGCCUCCUCAAGUUGGGCAACCAGGAGGCCCGUGGCCAUACUGUCCUGAAGAAGUCCCCAAGAGACUGCAAGGGGGCCCCAACCCCGGAGCAGACCCGCAGGUUGGCCCAGGCUAUGAUGGCCUUCACCACAGACCUGUUCUCCCUGGUGGCCCAAAGGUCCACCAGCCCCAACCUCAUCCUGUCGCCUCUGAGCGUGGCCCUGGCACUGUCUCACCUGGCACUAGGUGCUCAGAACCAGACGCUGCGGAGGUUAGAGCAGGUGCUGCAUGCAGACUCAGGGCUCUGCCUCCCCCACCUGCUGAGCCGCCUUUGCCGGGACCUGGGCCCUGGGGCAUUCCGAUUGGCUGCCAGAAUGUACCUGCAGAAAGGAUUUCCCAUCAAAGAAGACUUCCUGGAACAAUCAGAACAGCUCUUUGGUGCAAAGCCCAUGAGCCUGACGGGAAGGAAAGGAGAUGAUCUGCUGAACAUCAACCAGUGGGUGAAGGAGGCUACAGAAGGGAAGAUUGAGGAUUUCCUCUCCGAGCUGCCAGAUGACACAGUGUUGCUUCUGCUCAAUGCCAUCCACUUCCAGGGUUUCUGGAGGAGCAAGUUUGAUCCAAGCCUCACCCAGCAAGACAGUUUCCACCUGAAUGAGCAGUUCACAGUACCAGUGGACAUGAUGCACGCCCGUACAUACCCCCUGCGCUGGUUCCUGCUGGAGCAGCCUGAGAUACAGGUGGCUCAUUUCCCCUUCAAUAACAACAUGAGCUUUGUGGUCAUUAUGCCCACCCACUUUGAGUGGAAUGUGUCCCGGGUGCUGGCCAACCUGAGCUGGGACAUCCUGCACCAGCCCUCGCUUCGAGAGAAACCCACCAAGGUCCGGCUGCCCAGGCUGCAUCUCAACUACCAGCUGGACCUGGUGGCCACCCUCAGCCGGCUGGGCCUGCAGGAACUGUUCCAGGCCCCAGACCUGCGUGGGAUCUCUGACCAGAGUCUGGUGGUCUCCAGCGUGCAGCAUCAGUCCACGCUGGAGCUCAGCGAGGCCGGUGUGGAGGCAGCCGCGGCUACUGGCACGGCCAUGUCCCGCAUGUCUCUCUCCUCCUUCAGCGUGAACCGCCCCUUUCUCUUCUUCAUCCUCGAGGACACAACAAGACUGCCCCUCUUCGUGGGCAGCGUGAGGAACCCCAACCCUAGUGCGCAGUGGGAGCGCAAGGAGCAGCAGGAUUCCCCGUAUGACAGGAACUACUUCCAGAACCAGAAAGCCUUCCCCCGUGGAGACAAGCCCUUCGGCCCUGACUUGAAACUCGCGCCCCCCUCAGAGGAGGAUUACCCCCAACUUCAUAGCCCCAAGUGAGAGGCCAGCGGCCAGCAUCCCAAGUCCCUGCCUGCAACAACCUCUCCACUCCUGGGACUCUUUCCAGACGGCUUUGUGGGAUUAGGGCCGGGGCCUUGGUGGGCAGCCUGGGAGCGAGAGGGAGCCAUCCUCUCCGGUC